AUGCCCAAAAGAACUACUCUUACAGAUGCACAAAAAUUUAUUAAUCCUAAUGCCAAGCAUCAUAGAGUGGUAACAUACCCAGAACUUGACUACGCCCUAAGAGAGUUUGUGCUGAUUUAUCAGAAUCAAACAAUUCUAAGUGACACAAUACUUGUCGAAAAAGCCAAAAUACUUGCCAAUGGCCUAGGAAUUCCUGAGGAUGCAUUGCAGUUUUCUCACGAUUGGCUUAGUAAGUUUAAAGAACGAAAUAAUAUUCGUCAACAUAAACUUGAAGGAGAAGCUAAGUCUGCUGAUGAAGCAGCUAUUAUUACUGCCUUACCAACUCUAAGAAACAAAUGCUCUAACUAUCCUAUUGAGAGAAUAUAUAACAUGAAUGAGACAGAGCUUUUUUAUAGUCUCAUGAAUAACAUUCACCAAACUGAAGAUCUGACACUCGAUAAUCUUACUAAUGCACUUAAAGACCUUCAUAUUCAUCUUACUGACCCGAUGCCAGUCGAAGAAUUUCUUUCUAUUCCUGAUGAAGAUGUUGUCUACGAAGUUCCUAGAGAUGACCAAGUUAUUGAACAGCUUAUAGAAACAUUCAAGCCAGUCUAUUUAACUUAUGAUGAUUCAGAGGAAGAUGAUAAUGUCGAAAUUUCUCUAAUUAGCAUUAAUGCAGUGAUUACAAGUUUGGAGACUGUGUAUAUGUUUUUGCUUCAACAAGAUAAAGGAAGAUGA